AUGAAAACUACAUCUUACACCAGAGAGGGCGACAACAUAGUUAGCGAUGAACAACCAGAAGUAGAUAUCGGAGAAAGACAGAUUUCACUGGAAAGAGAAACACUAAAUACAGAAUUACAGAUAACCGAAUCUGUUCUAACGGCAUUACCAGAAAAGGAAGAAAAAGACACCGAAUCUGUUCUACAUUCUGUACCCGAAAGGAAGGAAGAAGACAUCUAUUCUGUAAUACAGACUGUACCCGAAAGGAAAGAAGAAGACACUUGUUCUGUUCUACAUUCUGUACCCGAAAGGAAGGAAGAAGACACUUGUUCUGUUCUACAUUCUGUACCCGAAAGGAAAGAAGAAGACACCUAUUCUGUUCUACAGGCUGUACCCGAAAGGAAGGAAGAAGACACAUACUCUGUUCUACAGACUGUACCCGAAAGGAAAGAAGAAAACACCUAUUCUGUUCUACAGACUGUACCCGAAAGGAAAGAAGAAGACACUUGUUCUGUUAUACAGGUUGUACCCGAAAGGAAGGAAGAAGACACUUGUUCUGUUAUACAGGUUGUACCCGAAAGGAAGGAAGAAGACACUUGUUCUGUUCUACAUUCUGUACCCGAAAGGAAGGAAGAAGACACUUGUUCUGUUCUACAUUCUGUACCCGAAAGGAAGGAAGAAGACACUUGUUCUGUUCUACAGACUGUACCCGAAAGGAAGGAAGAAGACACUUGUUCUGUUCUACAUUCUGUACCCGAAAGGAAGGAAGAAGACACUUGUUUUGUUCUACAUUCUGUACCCGAAAGGAAGGAAGAAGACACCUAUUCUGUUCUACAGACUGUACCCGAAAGGAAAGAAGAAGACAAGGUUAUUCAAAUUCCAGCAGAUGAAUGCAACUUGUACUUCAGUACAGGAAUGAAAAGAGAACGAGAAUUAAAGGAAAAGACAGAUAAAUUUGCAGAUGAUGGUCUUGAAGAGACUAUCAAAAAUGUAGAUGGUGCUCAGGAUGGGGGUUGGGGCUGGCUCAUUGUCUUGAGCAGUAUGUUAAUCCAUUUUAUUAUUGGAGGUUUUGAUAGAUCGGGAGGUAUACUGUAUCUGAAAUUUGAGGAGAAGUUCAAGACACCAGCUGCAGUUACAGCCUGGGUACCAUCCAUAUCUAGUGGAUUAAGACUUACUCUAGGUCCUGUCGUAGGUGUUAUGUGUCAUCGGUUUUCAUUCCGAUCCGUGGUUAUUUGGGGUGGAUUUAUUCUGGUUUUUGCCUUAAUAAUUUCUGGAUUUGCACCAAAUAUAUACUUUCUAUUUGUGAGUUAUGGAGUGAUCGGAGGAAUAGGACAGGCAAUGGCAUAUUCUCCCGCUGUUGUUAUUGUAAGCGCAUAUUUUCACAAAAAACUAGGCACAGCUAUUGGACUAGGUACAUCAGGUGUUGGUCUUGGAACUUUUGCUAUACCACUCUUACUAGAGACAUCAUUUACAUACUAUGGAUAUUUAGGAGCUUUAAUUAUGGCAGCAGCAGCAUCAUUACAAAUAAUUGUUUGCGGAGCUCUGAUGAGACCACAUGAUUCAAGUAAAACUAAGACCAAAACUAAACUAUUUGACUUAUCUCUUCUGAAAGAUUUAAGAUAUUGUGCAUUUUGUGUGGCAAUUUUACUAUUUACAUUAGCAUUUUCUUCUGGUAUGGUUUUUCUACCUGCCUUUGCUCUACAGAUAGGGACAAGUGAAUUUGAAGCCGCGUACACAGUGGUUGUGACUGGUGUAUCGGAUGGAAUUGGCAGACUCUUCGCAGGGUUCCUAUUUGACCGGAAAUUUAUGAAGCCAUAUCGCAUUUACAUAUACAAUGUUCUAAUCAUCUUCAUGGGUGUUGUAUCAUUGACUAUUCCGUCACUUACAACUUUCUCACAGCUAGCCGUGGCUUGUGCUAUAUAUGGAUCUACCAUAGGGAUGUAUGUGUCACAGAAGUCGGUGAUCAUCGUGGAUCUUCUUGGUAUUGAGAAUUUGUCUAAAUCGUUUGGAAUAGUUUUGUUUUUUCAGGGCAUUGGUGUUUUUAUUGGUCCUCCUCUGUCAGGGCUCCUAAAAGAUUUGAAUGGCAAGUACGACUAUGCAUUUUAUUUUGGUGGAAGUGCUGUUUUACUUGGAUCGUGUAUUCUUCUUGUGUCAAAUAUUAUACAUUUCUUAAAGUCAAGACGGGUAUACCAGAUGUAAUGCUAACUAUGGCUACGAACCUCUUCGACAAUAUACUA